AGUAGUCGAAUUCAGUCGAGCCAGCGCCGUGAUCGGAGUUGGAAUAGUGACUGGCGAACAGUGUUCCGAGCAGGCGUAUCCGCUCUCGGUGUUCUAGUCGCUCCUUAAUCACGCGCACACGAAUUAAUUUGAUCGGCUGGCAGACCCGAGAUCGAAUAUUCGAAUCAGUCGCUUCGUUUUUCUAUUCGUCCCUUGUUCAACCGUGGGCUUCGUACGCUUUUAUCGUUCUCCGUCGUGCAUUGUUCAUCAAAUUUAUACAGUUUGUCGCUAUUCGUUUAACCGUCCCCGCUGUGAUUGACUGUCGCGAAGGCCUUUUUUUUCCGGAGCCGCUACAGACACGGCAGUGAAAAUGCGGUAGUGACAGUGGUAUAUCAGAGACAGGGAGAAAAAGAGAAUCCCUGAGCACGUUUGUAGGCGCGAGGACGCCACGAGUUUACUCGAUAAAAAUCGAAGUGAACGAAAUUAGGGGAGAGGCUCCUUGAAGCCAGGGCCAGAAGUUAUGUCGAGUUCGUGUGUUCGAGGACGAGGAAUUUACGCGCAUGUGUCCAGUGGGAUUUAGUGUCGGCGAUAAAGCAUUCUUUCCAGAUCUGGAUACCUUGCUCGCAACACCUACGGGACCUGGAUUAUCUCAUGUCAGGAUGGCGCUGGCGCGACUUGCGGUGAGCGACUGUGCGCCUCAAACGUCGCGGGUCAGCUCAAACUUGCACAGCAGCAGUAGUAUGGCAGUAAGCCGUGUACCAAGCCCUCCACCACCGGAAGUGAACACCCCCGUGGCCGAAAAUUGGUGUUACACGCAGGUCUUAUGUGCACAGGUGAAGGUGGUUAAGUUCAGCUACAUGUGGACGAUAAAUAACUUCAGCUUUUGCCGGGAGGAAAUGGGAGAAGUACUAAAGUCGUCCACCUUCUCAGCAGGGGCCAACGAUAAAUUAAAAUGGUGCCUAAGAGUGAAUCCUAAGGGUCUGGAUGAGGAGAGCAAAGACUAUCUGUCGCUAUAUCUCCUUCUCGUUUCGUGCAACAAAUCCGAAGUCAGAGCAAAGUUCAAAUUUUCUAUUCUUAAUGCCAAAAGAGAAGAAACCAAAGCAAUGGAGAGCCAACGUGCUUAUAGGUUCGUCCAAGGUAAAGAUUGGGGUUUUAAGAAGUUCAUUAGGAGAGACUUCUUGUUGGAUGAGGCCAAUGGACUCUUGCCCGACGAUAAACUCACGAUAUUCUGUGAGGUAUAUACCUUUGUCAGCGUAGUGGCAGAUAGCGUGAAUAUUUCCGGACAAAGUAAUACUAUACAAUUCAAAGUUCCAGAAUGUCGAUUACCCGAUGAUCUAGGACUUUUAUUCGAAAACCAAAAAUUCAGCGAUGUCACGUUGACGGUAUGCGGGAGAGAGUUUCAAGCGCACAAAGCUAUUCUCGCGGCACGAAGUCCUGUUUUCUCGGCGAUGUUCGAGCACGAGAUGGAGGAAAGGAAACAAAAUCGCGUGGACAUCACCGACGUAGACCACGAAGUGUUACGAGAAAUGUUACGAUUCAUAUAUACGGGAAAGGCAGCAAAUUUGGAAAAGAUGGCGGACGAUUUACUAGCCGCGGCGGACAAAUACGCAUUAGAAAGGUUGAAAGUUAUGUGCGAGGAAGCGUUAUGCACAAGUUUAGCAAUCGAGAACGCAGCUGACAUUCUUAUUCUUGCUGAUCUUCAUAGUGCUGAUCAACUUAAGGCACAAGCCAUAGAUUUUAUUAACACACAUGCGACAGACGUAAUGGACACAGCAGGUUUUAAAUCGAUGGUGAACUCUCAUCCGCACCUGAUAGCGGAAGCGUUUCGGGCAUUAGCCACUCAACAAAUUCCACCGAUCGGACCGCCCAGGAAGCGGGUGAAACAAAGCUGAAAACAAUCACCGCUGACUCCGGGCACGACCUCCACAUCGCCCCCGCCUAUUUUGCAUCCCUCAUGACUUUUUUGUGUACAGUGAUACAAGUAGUGCUAAAUAAAUGUUUCCUAACAGUGCGCCAUUUUCUCUGGCGCACUCUUAAAAAAGGAACUGCGAGACGAGAACUGUUCUUCAUGGUUUUCGACCUAAAAUUUCUAUCGUUCGAGCAAGAUACGAUUAUACUUGUGCGAAGCCGAGUAUUUUGAAACGGCGAGGCGGGAAACUUAUGGCUAUAUAUAUAUAUAGACUUUAUUGUAAUUUGGUGAGAUCGUCGAUAGAUUGGAGAAAAGCAAAAGCCUAUCGCAGAAAAAAAGGAAAAAGAAACCUUUGGAGGAGAAAAGGGUAAAGAUGAAAAGAGAGAAUCUUUUUCCGAGAAAGAGUAAAUUAUUAUUGAACGCGUUGAAUCUCUCAAUCAGAUUGAGAACGAAAUUAUCAGGUAGUUUGCAUUGUACGUUAAUAACAUCAUUUCUCCUGUGUGAGAGAGGGACAUGUGUUUAUCCAUCGAUACGCAAAUACGUCACGUCAGCGAUUUGUCAAUGCGCGAAAAUUAAUUAGGGUCUUGUAAUGGAUUUGUUUUCGUUUAUAAAUAUAAUAUCGAGAAAAGAAAAAUAAGAAUGAUGAAAAACCAUCUAUGCAUAUUAUGAAAAAAAGACAUCAGAAACAGCCAGAGGACCAAGGCGAGAUUGAAACUCGCUGAUAAUACAUUGCUACACACAUAUAACAAACUCACACGCGAAGAAAGAGAGAGGAGGUGUACACGUGAUGUACGUGAAGAAAGAUUUGUGAUAGAUGUCAACCAGACAAUUAAAAAAAAAAGAAAAAGAUUUUGUUCCUUUUGUCGAAAAUAACGAAUCAAACAAGAAGUGUCCCAACGCUUGUUUCCCAUCGUGUACACGAGCGACGAGAAUAAAAAAUUAGAUAUGUUUAUUAUCGAUAGUGAUUUUUAGUUUUAAAUGGGAAAAAAAGAAAAAAAAAAAAGAAAAAGAAAGAAAGAAAGAAAGAAAGAAAAAUGAAAUCGUCGAACUCUUCCAAGAACGGAGAAAAAAUGAUUCUAGUUAGUGUUUUUUAUGAUCUCUUUCUCUCAACAUGUACGACUACUACAAUUACUAUUAAUGCUACGCAAUCUGUGCCCCCUGUAUUUUUGUAUAUUUUUUUGUCUUGCAAAUCAACCUAACGUCCCAUCCUCCAUGCGGCCUUUUUCUCUAUUUCCCCUUAAUCCCCAUCCCUAUUCCCAUUUCCCUUGUCGCUAGGCACAGUUUGUUUUGUUUUCUCGAGUAUUGCAUAGUAGACGAAGUGAUAGAUUCGAAUUAUUAUUAUUAUUAUUGUUAUUAUUAUUUUUAUUAUUAUUAUUUUUAUUUUUAUUAUUAUUAUUAUUAUUACUAUUAUUACUAUUACUAUUAUUAUUAUUACUAUAUUAUUACUAUUAUUAUUAUUAUUAUUACUAUUAUUAUUAUUAUAUUAUAUUAUAUUGUAUUAAAUUUAGGGUUGUCCAUAAUUUAUCAGAUUUUAUGUUAAUUAUUAUUGAAAUGUCUAUCAUACUCGCAGGAUACAUGUAUUAUUAUUGAUUAAAAAUAUUGCAAGAGUUUCAUUAAAUGAAAAGAAAUCAAACGGAUAUUGUUAGAAAAAGAAGAAAGAUGAACAUCAAAUAUAAAAAAGAAAAUAAUUAUUAAAAACACUGUAUAAUAUAAAAGGUUAGUCAAUUAUAAUAAUGAGAAUAUUAAUCGUUUUUGUGUAAUUAAUUAUGAAAAUCGCGAAAUUGUGUGGUCAAUGAUCUGAAUUAUGGGCAACCGAACAGAAUACACAAAACAAUAAUCAUCAUUUAGUACCGUACUGGCUUCCUGAUCCUCCGACCUAGCUUUACCGAAUGUUUUAAAUACAAGAUAUAAAUACUUACCAUUACAAAGGAGUAAUGAUAUCGAAGAUUUAAUGCCAUACAUGUUCUGUGAUAAGACCACUGUAAUUAACCGCAAUUGUAUCACAACCUUUCUAGAACUUUCUGACGAUCCUGGCAGCCAGUGAAUUUAUCUUUUAAGGAAACGGUCGCUAUAUCCGGACAGUCCCAAAUCUAGCGUCCCUUUCGAUUUUAAGGUUUUUACUGUACAUAUCUACUGUAUUUUAUAAGAACUGAACCGAAACGGAACUAUACUUUUAAUGAAGGGUACAAUAAUCAACUAUAAUUUAUUCUAUUUUACAGACUGUGCUAAACUCAUGUUCCUUGAAACACACUAGCAAUGCUUUAAGUAAAUGUAAUGUAAUUAUGACAAAUUAAUACGAUUAGAUUAUAUAUAUGUGUAUCUCGUUUUUGAUCUCGACAUGUACAUGCAUUUACACGUAUCAUCUGUCACAUGACGUUGUAAUGUAUUUCUGUCGAGAUUAAAAGUUAAAAAAAGAAAAAAAAAAAAAAACUCCUAUGGAAACAUAGUUAGGGAAGAUUUUCCACCGUUUUUUACACGAUGUUUAUUUCAGUCGUAGUAGGUUGUUAAGGCUUACAAGAUAAUAAAAUGACAAACAACAAUA